GAGAGCGCAGCGCACGGCACUAAGAAACACGAAGUGAAGUCUGGCGAAAGAAAAAGGUGAUCCAACAAGUGGCGCUCAGCAGAGAGGAAACCGGGAGGUGGACACAGUGAUGGAGCAUCCCAAACAGACACCGCACAGCCCGAACGACAAGAAGGACAGCGGGGACGGCGGCUCCGUGCUCAACGGACACUUUGACGGGAUGGUGAAGCGGCAAGCCGCCGUAUCGCAGCCUCCGUGCGCGGCGUCCGCCUCGCACCGGCCGCCCUCGUCAGUGAUGGAGAGCUGGAGGGAGGAACACACCAGGAGCCUGGAGGACAACGAGAUGAACCUGCCGUCCCUGGCCGCGGCUUACACCACCAUCCUGCGGGGGCUCGGGGAAGACCCGCAGCGGCAGGGGCUCCUCAAAACCCCCAGGAGGGCCGCCACCGCUAUGCAGUUCUUCACCAAGGGCUACCAGGAGACGAUCAUCGACGUGAUGAACGACGCCAUCUUCGACGAGGACCACGACGAGAUGGUGAUCGUCAAAGACAUCGACAUGUUCUCCAUGUGUGAGCAUCACCUGGUGCCCAUCUUCGGCAGGGUUCACAUCGGUUACCUCCCCAACAAGAGAGUUCUGGGUCUCAGCAAGCUGGCCAGGAUUGUUGAAAUCUACAGCCGUCGACUACAAGUUCAGGAGAGGUUGACCAAACAAAUUGCUGUGGCGAUCACCGAAGCCCUGCAGCCCACCGGCGUCGGCGUCGUCAUCGAGGCAACCUCCUUGUCUGUUUCUUCUUCCCUCUCGUUUCUCAUGUCUUAUUUUAAUCCCUUUCCCCUUUUCACCUCCUUCCCUUCGCUCGUCACCUCCUUUCCUUUCCUUCCUCCACAGCCACAUGUGUAUGGUGAUGCGAGGCGUUCAGAAGAUGAACAGUAAAACCGUCACCAGCACCAUGUUGGGAGUCUUCAGGGAAGAUCCGAAAACCCGCGACGAGUUUCUGACGCUGAUCAGGAACUGAGGAGGAGGAAGGUCCUCCUCUUCCUCCUCGUCCUCCUCCUCCUCCUGUUGCCUGGGGUUACCUCCACCUGUGUGUGUGUGUGUGUAUGAGAGAGAGAGUGUUUGUGUGUGUGUGUUUUCAUCUCAUGAAGGCAGUGACAGAGUGUUUAGUGUGCUUUCAGUGCGACUCGUUUUAAACAUCAGAUAAGGUGAAGCGUUACCUCAGUGACACGUCGUUUGCUCUCAGAUGGGACAGACUUUAACCCCUUUUGUCCACGUGUGUGUUUUGUGUGUGUGUGUGUGUGUGUGUGUGUGUGUGUGCUGGAGGGAAGUUGAGCGCUAACAAGCGGCUCUCGUGUUGUUCUCCGUGGCCUUGUUGAGAACGGCGGCCUGUUCUUUGGCCUCUUCACCAUCAUUGUCACUUGUACUGUGUUCGUUACAAAUACUUUUUAAUCGAAGGAAAUAAAUCUCUAUGUGACGCCGA